GGCGAGGCGCGCGAGCGGGCGGCGCGGGACGCCGACGUAGCCCGUGAGAUCAAGGCCCGCAAGGAAGCGGAGGAGCUCCGGAUUUCGCGCGAAGCCCAGGCCAUGCACCGCCAGCGCUCCAAGGUCCAAGAAGCCCUCCAGCAAAAACAAGAAUACGAAAACAUCAUCACUCAAGUCGACUGGCAGAAGAAGCAAUUCCAAGACAAGGAGGCCGCCGACGCGACCAAGCGCUCGAGCCACCGCAUUGCGCUCCAAAAGCAAAUCGAAGACAAGCAAAAGCUCGUGAAAGACAAGUUUGUCCGUGUGCAGCUUGAAGGCAAGGCGCUCAAACAAGAAUACGCCGACGAGCUCGCGAAGCUCGAGCGCAUCCGCAUCGAAGAGGUCGCCGAGCUCGAAGAAGCCGGCGUGAACCCGUCGUACCUCUCGGAAAUGAAGGCCCUUGACAUUGCCAAGGCGCGCGACCGUUAAAUCCCACAACACUAAAAGAGAGUCUGGAUGGA